GCUUGUAUUAUCAUGAAGUUGUGUUAAAUCGGACCUCUUUUGUUUUUGUUACAUUUCACACACAAAACAAAUGGAUUUCCUGUUAAAAUGCAGUUUAUAUGCUAUUGAAAUUUGCAAAAAAAAAAAAAAAAAAAAGAAUCUAUCCUAAAUCGUCACCCCCUUUACGCGCGCGCGCGCACGUGUCUGUAUGAGCAGCAUCCUGCUUAUCUUUGUUCUUGUCUUCAUCUGAUUUGUGUUGAGAUCAACUUGCGCUCUGACUCCUCUGGCUUUGCGCGACCCUAUAGCCCACCUGCGUCUGGAGAGUAUUUUUAAAAGCAGGGUACGAGCGCGAGCGCGUCGCGUAAAGCGCACCACUUCAAAAGCUUCUAAAGCUCUUCACUUAUAUCGGGUUAUGCGCGUGGACACGUAGGGUUUUUGAGAAACGCGCAGACUGCACUCGUCUUUUUGUCGGAGUUACCAAAUCUUAGACUCUCACUUGGGCGGAUAGAGAGACGGAUCUCCACCGGGAUCUCCUCGCACCGCGACUGUACCUGGAGAAUCUGAUUCACUCAAAUAGAGCACAGAGGAGAGUCCUGUGGAGUCUGUCCUUCUUUCACCCAGUGAGAGACAGCUGAGUUUAGACUCUGUUUAAACUCAUAUUAGCACAUCUUCCGUAACUCUGACCAGCAGCAUGUGGGACAUCAAAAGGUUAUGAGUGCCCUUACAGCUCGGUGAUCCACUUAGACAAGCCAAUGAGAGGAUGGCCAGAGGUCACAUGAUCUACAGAAGCGCCUACCAGCUGGUACUACUGAUUCUACUGAGCGUGCUCCAGCUGGCGCAUACGCAAAGUCCUCCUCAGUUCACUCGGACACCCGUUGAUCAGAUAGGGGUUCAGGGGGGUGUGGCCUCCUUCGUAUGUCAAGCCACAGGAGAUCCACAGCCUAAAAUCACAUGGAGCAGAAAAGGCAAAAAAGUCACCAACCAGAGAUUUGAGGUGAUAGAGUUUGAGGAUGGUUCAGGGUCUGUGUUGCGAGUGCAGCCACUGCGGACCCCCCGUGAUGAGGCUGUGUAUGAAUGUGUGGCAUCUAACGAAGCAGGAGAGAUCAGCGCCUCCACCCGUCUUAGUGUUCUCCGCGAGGACCAGCUUCCCACUGGUUUUCCUUCUAUAGAUAUGGGCCCUCAGCUGAAGGUUGUGGAGCGUUCUCGCACUGCUACCAUGCUGUGUGCAGCCAGCGGAACACCUGACCCUGAGAUCACCUGGUUUAAAGAUUUCCUCCCCAUAGAUACACACACUCAUGGGCGGAUCAAACAGCUACGCUCAGAGUCCUUUGGGGGUACACCUAUCCGAGGUGCACUUCAGAUUGAUCAGAGUGAAGAAACUGAUCAGGGUAAAUACGAGUGUGUCGCGACCAACAGCGAAGGAACACGCUACUCAACACCAGCUAACCUUUAUGUCAGAGAGUUAAGAGAUGUGCGUCGCAUCCCUCCUCGCUUCUCAGUGCCACCGAUGGAUUAUGAGAUCAUGCCGGGAGGAAGUGUGAAUAUCUCCUGUCAGGCAGUGGGCGUUCCCAUGCCAUAUGUCAAAUGGAUGCUGGGAGCAGAGGAUUUGACUCCAGAAGAUGACAUGCCUAUUGGGCGGAAUGUUUUAGAGCUCACAGAUGUACGCCAGUCUGCCAACUACACAUGUGUGGCCAUGUCGACUCUCGGAGUUAUUGAAACUGUUGCCCAGAUCACAGUUAAAGCCCUUCCCAAUCCUCCAGGAGCUCCGGUUGUCAUGGAGCGAUCUGCCACCAGCAUUACUCUAAUGUGGGACAGUGGAAAUCCACUUCCUGUAUCUUACUACAUCAUUCAGUAUCGUCCCGCCUCCUCCACCGACCCCUUUAAAGAAAUUGAUGCCAUAGCAACAACUCGUUACAGCGUGGGUGGACUCAGCCCCUACUCGCACUACCAUUUCCGGGUUGUGGCGGUGAAUUCGAUUGGCCGUGGCCCACCGAGUCAAACCGUGGAAGCUCGCACGGCCGAGCAGGCGCCUAGUUCCCCUCCUCGUCGUGUCAGAGGUCGUAUGCUGAGUGGUUCCACAGCAAUGGUGCAGUGGGAGGAGCCAGAGGAAGCCAACGGUCAGGUGGUUGGUUACAGGGUGUAUUACACCUCGGAUUCGUCACUAUCUGUGAGCCAAUGGGAGAAGGAAAUGGUUCGAGGGGCGAAUUUUCUGAACAUACGAGAUCUGACACCGAACAAAACCUAUUAUAUUAGAGUUCUCGCUUUCACUGCAGUGGGAGAUGGACCUCUUUCCAGCGAUCUGCACAUCAUUGCCAAGACAGGAGUCCCGUCCCAGCCCACAGAACUGAAGGCAGAGGUGAAAUCAGAGACCAGCAUUCUUCUGUCGUGGAUCCCUCCUGCUCACAGUGGUACAGAUGCCAUCACUGGUUAUGAGCUCAUUUACAGGCUUGGAGACCAGCCAGAGCAGAAAAUAUCAUUUGAUCCAAGCUCCAGUUAUCUGCUGAAGAAUCUGAAGCCGUUUUCCACCUACAUAUUUCAACUAGCAGCACGCAGCAAACACGGCCUGGGGGCAUUCACCAGUGAAAUCACCGUUCAGACUCCACAAACACAGUCCAUACCCCCUCCCCAGGAAGUCACAUGCUUAAGCCCCUCCUCCACAAGUCUAUUGCUUAGCUGGGCUCCACCUCUGACAGAUGAAAAUGCAGGCAUAACAGGAUACUCCAUCAGAUAUGUGGCAGUGGAACGGGAGAAAGACCCCGUACAGAGGAUCGCGGACAUCCCAUCGAACUGUUUUCGAUAUCGGAUUGAGGGGCUGAAGAAAGGGACCCUGUAUUCUGUGACAGUUGCUGCCCACACUGACACAGGUCAAGGGCCUGAGAGCCUACCGAUAUUGAUCCGCACAGAAGAAGACGUGCCCAGCGCACCACCACAGAGUGUGGAUGUGGUGGUCUUAAAUGCCACCUCUGCCAGAGUGUCAUGGAAACCUCCAGUUGCUGAGCGACAGCAUGGAAAGAUUCGAGGUUACCAGGUGACAUAUGCCAGAAGAACAGCAGGGGAGAGAACAGUCUCUCCCAGAAUUAGGGAACUCCUACUGAGAGACCCGCAGCCACAGAACGACUCGAAACAAUAUGACCUAAUUUUGACUGAUUUAUGGCCGAACACUGAAUACUCUGUGACUGUGGCUGCAUUCAACUCAAAAGGCGAUGGAGCACGUAGCAAACCUACAGUCAUCAGAACUAAACCAUCAUUGCCAGGUAUGCCCCUGCUUACAGUUGCGCCAUCUGAAGAUGGCACUGCCCUGCUGAAAUGGCAGCCUCCUCCUGCUGGUCUGUCCCCUGUGCUGGGCUACAGGCUCUCAUAUGGCCAAGCUGACCCGACCUCAGACUCCUUCAUGGUGCAAGAGCUAAAUGCUGAGGAGCGCACCUACAGCGUCCCAUCUUUGAGCGCAGGGGUGCUGUACGUGUUCCGUCUGGCCGCCCGUACCAUCUGGGGUUAUGGUUCAAGCGCUCAGGUCACACUUUUAACACCAAACAUGGUGCAGACAACCACAGACGACAUGGUAACAGCCACAGGGACAACAGAUGCUUUAAAUGUGAGCAUACAGGAAACAGUUCCGCUUUUGGCUAACUUAACAGCCGAAGACAUCAACUCCUCUUCUGUGAUUCUGAGAUGGGAGCGACCAAAAAACCAUGACCGGAUCCAAGGUUACCGUGUGUGGUUCGCUGUCACUUAUAGUAAUGGCACGGACAUUGCCAUGGAAUCAGACGUUUCGGAGGCCACAGUGGUUCUUAAUGGCCUAAGGCCAAAUACUGAGUAUGUGGCGAGAGUGUGCAUGCUUAGCAAACACGGCCCUGGGCCCUAUAGUCUCCCUAUAUCCAUCAAAACACAACCAGCACAGGAAGUGUUUGCUGUGAACUUCAGAGUGAAAGCUGCUAUGAAGAGUUCAGUGCUGCUGACCUGGGAGUCACGAACCACCACUAAUAAAGCACAGUCUCUUAUUAUCUCAUAUGGUGAUGGUGAGAGUGUGGAGGUGGAUGGGCGGCUCGGGCAGAAGUUGGUGACUAAACUGAAGCCCCAGUCUCUCUACACCUUCAUGUUAACUAGUAAAGCUGAUGGCACUGGAGGCCUGCAGCACCGUGCAGAUGCCAUGACGGCUCCAAACCUGCUCACUAGGAAACCCCAGGUGCUGGAAAGGACCAGCUCUCAGAGCAUCGCUACCCUGCAGCUGCCCACUGUCCAGGGACAGGCUAAUGUCAGGGGUUUCUACAUUGUGGUUGUCCCCCUGAAGAGGCAGAGAGGAGGAAACUUCCAGAAUGUAUGGAGUGAUCCAGAUGAGAUGAACAUUGAUGAGCUGCUGAGGGAGAUUAAUGGCACCGGUCGCUCUGUGCGUCUACGGAGGCAGGCAGAGGCAAAAGCAUACAUCAGCGCUCAUUUCCAGAAUCUUCCAGCAGAAUUCAAACUAGGAGACGGACGCGUGUAUGGAGCUUUCCUAAAUCGGCCGCUUGUAAAUGGACAGGAGUGUGUGUGCUUCGUGCUGGCUAUUCUUGAACUGGGCCAGAAUACCAUGUACUCCACGAGUCCAUUCUCUGAUGCCGUGCUAUUCUCUGAUGUUGAGCCACAGCCAAUCGUUGACGAGGAGGAGGGGCUUCUAUGGGUGGUGGGGCCAGUGCUGGCGGUCAUUUUCAUUAUCAGCAUUGUCAUCCUCAUCCUCCUCUUUAAAAGCAAACCAGACAGGAAGCGGGCAGAGCUGGAGGGCAGGAAGUGUAGCUUUCCCAGCAGCAGUAAAGCCAUGAGUUCCCAGCAUCCAUCUGACCCAGUGGAGCUGCGUAGAAUCAACUUCCCAACGGCUGGUUUGCGUGCAUCUAUCAUUGGUUAUCGACGGUUAUCAAGCAUGACCAGCCACCCUCCAGUGUCCGUCUCAGAACUGCCAGCUCACAUAGAGAGGAUGAAAGCCAAUGACAACCUGAGGUUCUCUCAAGAGUAUGAGUCUAUUGAUCCAGGGCAGCAGUUCUCAUGGGAACAUUCUAACCUUGAGAUUAACAAGCCAAAGAACAGAUAUGCCAACGUCAUCGCCUACGACCACACCAGAGUAGCACUUUCCAACAAUGAUGGUGUUCCUGGCGGUGACUACAUCAAUGCCAACUUCAUAGACGGUUACCGCCGACAGGGCUCAUACAUCGCCACCCAGGGCCCCAUGCCAGACACGUUUAGUGACUUCUGGAGAAUGGUGUGGGAACAACACACAGCAAAUAUCAUCAUGAUCACCAAACUUGAGGAGAAAUCCAGGAUGCCUUCGUAUUUCUUCUCAAAGAAUAAAUGCGAUCAGUACUGGCCCAGCAGAGGCACAGAGACGUACGGAUUAAUGCAAGUCAAUUUACUGGACACGGUGGAGCUCGCGACCUACUGCGUCAGGACUUUUGCUCUUUUUAAGAGUGGGAGUGGGGAGAAAAGGGAGGUGCGUCAGUUCCAGUUUACAGCAUGGCCAGAUCAGGGGGUACCUGAACACCCCACUCCCUUCCUGGCCUUCCUCAGACGGGUCAAAGCCUGCAAUCCCCCAGACGCUGGACCUAUUGUGGUCCACUGCAGUGCUGGUGUGGGCCGAACGGGCUGCUUCAUUGUGAUUGAUGCCAUGUUGGAGCGUGUGAAGCAGGAGAAGACGAUAGAUAUUUAUGGUCACGUGACUCUGAUGCGAUCUCAGCGAAACUACAUGGUGCAGACAGAGGAGCAGUACGUCUUUAUUUAUGAUGCACUGCUGGAGGCUGUUUCCUGCGGCAACACAGAGGUUCCGGCACGGAAUCUUUAUGCCUACAUCCAGAGACUGUCACAGACAGAACCUCCGGAGCACAUCAGCGGAAUGGAGCAGGAAUUUAAACGCUUAGCUAAUGCCAAAGCGCAUAACUCCCGAUUCGUCAGUGCCAGCCUUCCGUGCAAUAAGUUCAAAAACCGAUUGGUCAAUAUCAUGCCAUAUGAGACCACACGUGUGUGUCUGCAGCCAAUCAGAGGAGUGGAGGGCUCAGACUAUGUCAAUGGCAGUUUUAUAGAUGGCUACAGGCAACAGAGGGCGUAUAUUGGGACUCAGGGGCCGCUGGCGGAGACAGUUGAAGAUUACUGGCGAAUGCUUUGGGAACAUAAUUCUACUAUAGUAGUUAUGCUUACUAAACUCAGAGAAAUGGGAAGGGAAAAAUGUCAUCAGUACUGGCCAUCUGACAGGUCAGCACGCUAUCAGUACUUUGUGGUGGACCCCAUGGCGGAGUACAACAUGCCUCAGUAUAUACUCCGAGAGUUUAAAGUCACAGAUGCAAGGGACGGUCAAUCCAGAACAGUCCGGCAGUUUCAGUUCACAGACUGGCCAGAGCAGGGCGUGCCCAAAUCUGGAGAAGGCUUCAUUGAUUUUAUCGGUCAAGUGCACAAAACAAAAGAGCAGUUUGGUCAGGAUGGACCGAUCACGGUACAUUGCAGUGCUGGUGUUGGGAGGACAGGUGUAUUUAUCACUCUAAGUAUAGUACUGGAGAGGAUGCGUUACGAAGGAGUGGUUGACAUCUUCCAGACUGUCAAAAUGUUGCGCACUCAAAGACCAGCUAUGGUGCAGACAGAGGAGCAGUACCAGUUCUGCUAUCGAGCAGCGCUGGAAUACCUGGGCAGUUUUGAUCACUAUGCAACAUAAAACCUUCCCCUGGACCAAGGGCCACAUCAUUACACACCAAGGCCUGAGUCUGAUCAGUCUGACAGCCUCUUUCUGCUGCCCACAGCUCAAGAGUCUGUUUGAUUUCUCCCGACAGCACACAAUUUAAUAGCCAGACAUGGAGGGCAGCUGGGAUACAGAAUUGUCACAACAAAUUGUAGCUCCAAUCAUAUAGCUGAAAGUUGUCAAGUCAUAAAACUCUGGCAACCAGCCAGCAGAUCCAAUGAAAUCGCAGGAACCCAACAAUGUGCUGUCUGGACCGAUUCAACAGACCAAAAACAAGAGAGGAAACAACAAUCAAGCAGUUUGAUGGUAUUUUUUACUUCUCAUAAUUUGUUUCAACACCAGAACCCCCCCAAAAAUACAGUUUAUUGAGGGAUGCAUUGAGGGUUUAGAGUUUCCUCUGUUUUUGUCACCAGUCAUUUAGUGGCUCCACCAACUCACUAAAGUGAUGCAUACAAAAGGAAAUUCAACGACACCCGAAGUAUUGGUGCUUAUGCCAAUAUCCUGUUCGUUUAUCUGUAGCACACACACAUAGAUAUAUACACAUAGAUGCAUAUCUAUCACAGAUUUAAGACAAGGAAAAAUAACAAGCUGAAAAUGGAGAUUUGUCUCAAAAACCGUGCAAUAUUGAACGUGAAGCGCACCUUCAAGUUUAAAACCACUCAAGUAUUAGAGAUAUUCUCACUGUAAUUAUAUUGUCUCAUUAAUCCUAUAUGAUAUAAAGUAUAAAACAAAGUGUUAUUAUGCAUAUUAGCACAUUAUAUAUAUAAAAAUUGUCAAUGUAUUGAGUGAUAUUUAUACUAUGUGAGUGAGGUACUUGUCAGUGCACAUAAGUUACGAAAAGUACUGUUUGCGGUAAUAUUUAAAAAGGAUUUUUUAUUUUUAUUUCAUUUUUUCCACUAAACUUACCAAAACAACUAUUUACAUGCAGGAUUGGAAGAUAAAUGUUGAACUCUAAACAUGAGGUGACACUUUAAAAUAAUAACAUAAUGGAUCAUCUGACACUGGUAGUGCCUUAUCAUAGUCACAUGUUUAAAAUGGUUCGCUAUUAAAGUUAAAUGUUCCGCGUUUAUGGAUAUUAACCUGCUUUUAUGUUUAAAAAAAAUUAUAAUGCUUAAUAAAACCUGAAGUAAAUACAGUUACAUCCUCCAGAGUGAAUUUUAAUAUAUAAUAUAUUUCACACCAAGACCAAUUUUAAGUACCAGGGUGGUUUAUUCAUUCAAGUGAAGUACUGCCAAGAUGACUAGACAAUUCUAUUACUGAAAGC